AUGAUAAGUGCAUUUGAACAGCAAUCUAGUAGAAAUGUUAUUGAGUUAUAUGUAGACAUUGCUGUUGAUGGAAGUUCAUCAGUGCCAUUGCAGAUAAUCAAUUUAAAUUUAUCAAUUUCACAACAAAAUGAUAACACUGGUGUGAGUUGUGAUCGUGUCGAAGUUAGAAAUGAUGUUGAUGAAGAUAAUGAAGAUUCAGAUUAUGAGAGUGAUACUGAUGGAGAUGAUGAAGCAGAUAUUUCAUUAGACAGUUCUUCCUCUACUAAUGCUGAAGGAAUGGUGAAUGAAGAGCCGUCAAUACAUAUUUCAUUGAUACAAGAGAGAAUCUACGCUCAGUUUGGAUACAAAAUUUCAUAUAAAAAAGCUUGGAUGGCGAAGCAAAAAGCUAUUGUCAAAGUAUUUGGUGACUGGGAUGAAUCAUACGCUACCUUGCCACAUUGGUUAGAAUACAUGCAAUUACAUGCUCCUGGAUCUGUUUAUAAAGUUGAAACGAAGGAGUAUGUGGCUUCUCAUCAAGUGGAUAACAGGUAUAGAGUAUUUGAACGAGUGUUCUGGUCAUUUAAACAAUGUCAUGAAGCUUUUAAAUUCUGCAAACCUUUAUUGCAAGUGGAUGGGACGUUCUUAUAUGGUAAGUAUUGUCAUACGUUGCUUAUUGCAACAACUCAAGAUGGAAACAAUUGUGUCCUUCCAAUAGCUUUUGCAAUUGUUGAAGGAGAAACCUUGUCAGCAUGGGAAUGGCUCUUGGCAUUGAUUCGUUUGCAUGUUACUGAUAAGUCUGGAAUUUGUUUGAUAUCAGAUAGGCAUCAAAGUAUCAAAGGAGCUGUCUCAAAUCCACACAUUGGGUGGCAACCUCCAAAUGCAUAUCAUGUAUACUGCAUUCGUCAUAUUGCCAGCAACUUUAAUCACCGAUUUAAAAAUAUCGCCUUGAAGAAAGACCUCAUAAAAUUAGGUUAUACACCAUCCAAGGUAAUAUUUGAGCAAAAGUUAAGUAGAUUUCGUAAUGAAUCUGAAGAUAUACAAAGGUGGAUUGAUUGCAUAUCAAAAGAAAAAUGGGCAUUAUGUUAUGAUGACGAUGGGCGACGUUAUGGUCACAUGACCACAAAUCUUUCAGAAGCUGUGAAUAAGGUGUUUAAAGGUGCUAGAAAUAUACCCAUAACUGCACUGGUUAAAGCCACAUACGGACGUUUAGUUGAAUAUUUUGUAAAGCGUGGAGAAGAAGCCAUAUCUGACCUUCAAAAUGGAAACAUAUUUUGUCGUACAGUAAUGUUGCAAAUACAAAAAAAUCAACAAGAGGCUUCAUCACACCAGGUUCGUAGGUAUGAUGUACACAGGAAAACUUUUGAGGUUAAAGAAGCAUUUAAUCCAAUCACGCAAAGAGGUGGACACAAAUGGACAGUUAUAUUAGAUAGAAGAUAUUGCGAAUGUGGAAGAUUUCAGUCCUAUCGAUAUCCUUGUUCGCAUGUCAUAGCGGCCUGUAUAGCUGUAAGUCUUAAUUUUUGGCAAUAUGUUGACCCAGUUUAUUCAAUAGAAUAUGUUGUCAAUGCAUACUCUCCACAGUGGCGCCCCCUUGGUAAUGAAUGCAACAUCCAUACAAACAGUGAAUGGAAGUUGGUGCCUGACAUUGAAAGAGCUAGAGCUAAGAGACGACCUAAGUCAACUCGUAUUAGGAAUGAAAUUGACUGGGUUGAAUCACAAACUAGACAAAGGUGUUCACGUUGUAACGAAGUUGGUCAUAAUCGACGUCAUUGUCGUCAACAAAACUGA